AGAAAACAGAAAGCCAAACCGGUCAUGGGAGGCUAGUUAACGACUGUGCACCACGCUUGUGAGUUCUGUUUUCUGGCGUAGCGAUACAUUUACGCGGACGCCGCGGGAGUAGCACGACGGCCAGCCGGUAUUUUAAAAGAUGGGAGCGUACUUGUCGGAACCGAUUACGAAGAAGGAGUCGAGCGACGAAGUGGGAAAGAAUGUCGCGUACGGCGCGAGUUCUAUGCAGGGCUGGCGGAUCAGUCAGGAGGACGCUCACAAUUGUUGCAUAGAUUUUGACGAGAAUGUUUCACUGUUUGCUGUAUAUGACGGUCAUGGAGGACACGAGGUUGCGAUGUAUUGUGCGCGUAAUCUUCCUGAUUUCAUCAAACAGACAGAAGCUUAUAAAAAGGAUGAUAUUAGGCAAGCUUUAAUAGAUGCUUUCCUUGGUUUUGAUGACACUCUGACGAAACCAGAGGUAAUCAGUGUUCUUAAAGAACUCGCGGGGGCAUCCACGUCAGAGAAGAAAGAAGGUGACUUGAACGAAUCUGAUGAAGAAGAGAAUGUUAGUAAUCUAUGUAUGGAGGCGACAAUGCCGUUGGAGCAGGUGAUGGCAAAAUACCAAUCAGAGGUGACAAAUCCUCAUCUAAAAAAUUUGAAAGGUGAGAAAUGUGGUAAACGCGCAUUUGCGAGUCCUUACCUGCGUGGUCGAAGAGGACGGGAGAAAGCGAGUGGUUUAUCUUCUGGUGCGGGAUGUUCGUCAUCACCCUCUCCGCCACCGACGUCAUCCUCGUCGUCUUCGUCUGAGUGGAAUACCAACGAGACAGACGUUAGUAGUUCCAGUCAGCCGUGUGGAUCGACUUUAUCCAGCACAGUGGAGCGAAAAGAUUCCGAUUGCCCGGGUAGCAACGAAGCUGAGCAAGUAUUGGAUUCGACGACGAGCAACGGCAGCGCUCACGCGUCUCCACCAGUGGUAUCUACUGCAGAUGUAGAACCUGCUAAAUCUAUGGAUAUGCCCGACAGCUCCGAAGAUGUAAAAGAGAAAGUUUCGAGUCCCUGCAAGGCACCACCAUGCGCCGAGUCUAAUGCAAAUGAGGUGGAAGUUAAUGGCGCGGAGUCGAAGAGGAUCGGAGAUGCAGACAGUAGUAAGGGCGGAGGAGACAACGUGUCGAGCAGUUCUUGUACUCCUGUGGAGAAUGGAGAUGCUGGUCAGCAAGAACGAAUAACUAGCAGCGGUCGAAGAAGAACUCAGCCCGUGGAUCUUUACCAAAGUCUACUGAAAAAGGAUAGUGACGAUUCUGAAGAAGACGAUGAUGACGAUGAGAACGAUGAAACCUUUGAUGGUGUCCCUGAAAGUGAUGGAGACGAUACAGAAGAUAUUGAUGAAGAUGAAAGUGACGAAGAUGAAGACGACGAAGUCGAAGAGGAGGAUAUAGAUGAUUCUGACGAUGACACCGAUGAUCUCAUGGUGAACACUGAAAAGCCUGGUUCAGACAGUGGAUGCACUGCGGUCGUAGCGAUACUCAAGGGAAACGAACUGUACGUGGCGAAUGCUGGAGACUCUCGAUGUGUUCUAUGCAGGGAGGGCCAGGCGAUCGAACUUAGUCUGGACCAUAAACCCGAGGAUGCACCAGAAAUGGAACGUAUAGUAAAAGCAGGCGGAGAAGUGACGAGCGAUGGCAGAGUGAACGGUGGCCUCAAUCUUUCUAGAGCGCUCGGCGAUCAUGCGUAUAAGCAAAACAUGGUGUUACCACCUCAGGAACAAAUGAUCUCCGCUUUGCCAGAUGUAAGGCAUAUUACCAUCGAUCCGGAGAAAGACGAAUUUAUGGUGCUCGCUUGCGACGGCAUAUGGAACUUUAUGACCAGUCAAAAUGUCGUUCAGUUUGUGCGCACCCGUUUGUCACAAAAUUACGAGAACAUUUCGAAAAUUUGCGAAGAGCUUUUUGAUCAUUGCCUUGCACCGGAUACUCUCGGUGAUGGAACGGGCUGCGACAACAUGACUGCCGUAAUAGUUAAGUUUAAAUCUCCGACAACCGCAACUGUUAAAAAUAACACCGUUGCCGAGGUAUGCGUUACGAAGAAGCGAUCGGUCUCGCCGACCACUGAGGAAAAUGACGAUUGCAUCCCGGGAGAAAACACGGUAAAUCCUUGCAAACGCGCCAAAACUGAGGCAGCUGUGUGAAUUAGGAAUCACCGCGCAUCAUGAACUGAUCUCCGGGAGCAGACGAAUGAAUGUGAGUUUAUGUAAAAUUCUGUAACAACUUUAUAUUACACUAUGUAGAGCUGAAACCGAUUGAUUAUGCAGAUAAUAGGCACAUGAAAUAGCGUGUAAGGUGUGUUAUUGGUCGCUGCUAACAGACUGCUAGAUUGGAGCACGUGGGAAUGAUAUAAUGUAGGUUUUUUUAAAUAAUGCAUGAAUCAUUUCUCGAUUACAAUAAAAUAAGUUUUACAUAAUGAAGAAAAUUUGUCUUCUAAGAUCAUAUCUUAUGCAUAUAUCUAUUUAAUGUCACAUAAUGCCAUUAGAUACGAUCUGCUCGAUGUUGAACUUUAUUUUAUUAUUGAGAAAUAAUUCAACAUAUAUAUGCGGGCUAAUAUUUUUUCUUUUAUGUACAAUUCGAAAUCACAAUCCUUAAUAUUGAAGAAUGUGAAUGACAGAAAAAGGAAGAGAUAAAGAUUGUGUGUAAAAUAAUAAUAUAAAAUAAUCUUGAUAGAACUCGUAAAUAUAAAAGCUCAUCCAUUUCUCACACAAGCAUUUAUUGACAUAAAAGUACGAUAAAUAAUAUGUACUCUUAAUAUAAAUGUACAAUCUUCUUUUUUAGUUUUAUAGAAUUUGAUAAUUUAUAAGUUUUAAUAUAGUUGUAACUCUAACAAUUUCUAAUAUACAUAAAUCUAUUAAUUGAGACUAAUUUUAUAUAAAUGAUGCGGUAAUACUAACAAAAACAUAUAUGUAUAAAUAAUAUAAAUUAGUAAGAUAAGUUUUAUUCACAUAAUUUUUUUUGCUUACGUGAUUAUUUUUAGUAUUCUGUACAAUUCAUCAUAUUCUUUCUAUUUUUUCUGCUCAAUAGAUAUUUGAUAUAUACGUUGUAAUAGAUAUAUUCUCAAAUUAUAGAAAUACAAGUACAAAAUCAAUAUCUUUCCUGUCAUUUAAGAAAAUUUACAUUAAAAAAAGAUAUUAAUUUAAUUUAUAUAUUUAUACAUGUUUGUAUCACAGUAUCAUUUAUUUCAAAGUAUAAUGAUUUGUCUAAUCUUUUUAAUCAUUAUAAUAUAUUCCAUGUCUUAAUUAAUAUAUUUAAGUUUAAUAAUUAGAUAUCUAGAUUCCUCUACGUAUCAUCCCAUUUGCUCCAGCUGCACUUAAAAAGUAUAUUCCUUUUUAAAUUACGUACUACAUAAAUGUAUAUAUUUAUAAACAUAGUUUAUAGGAUUUAUAUUUGUAUAAGUCAAUACAUUUAUCUCUUAUUUUUACGAAAUAGAAUUUAUUUUUGAAUCCCUGGGUACAGUGGUUGAAUGGAUGCGGGUGUGCGAAUAGUUUAAGAUGUUUAAACUGUAUUAUGUAAUUAAGGCAAUUGCGUAUAACGCGUUACCAAUUUGUGAUCUUGUCUUAAUGAUAACGUUAAAGAAAUACAGAAAAAGAUAUGUAUUCGUGUUAAGCUACGUCAAGUGCUGUAAUAAUUUGAAACGAUCUGAAUUUGGAAAUUGCAUAUGUCAAAAAUACGUUUUUUGUAAAUUUAUACAGAGAGUCAUAUAUAUAUAUAUAUAUAUAUAUAUAUAUAUAGAUAGAUAGAUAUAUCGUAGCUUUGGGGGAAUGGUAAAGGCGUUUGUCUUGUAGAAAGAGGGAUUACGUUAUAGGACUGAAAAUGAUGCGAUGUUGUAUUGUGGCAUGAAUACUAAUCCUAUUGUAUCGCGAUGCUGGAAGUUCUUUGAUUAACGCGUAGUAUUCACUGAAUAUCAUUAUUACAAAAAAUAGAAUAUUAAUUAAUAGAUUAUUGUCUCUUUUAUGCUAUACAAUAUUAUAAUUGAAAUGAGAUUGUCAAUAUUUAACAAUUAUGUAUAAAAAUUGCCAUUUGCAAUUCAAUUAUUAUCUUUUGUUCUUUCUCUCUUUUAAAAUAUCAACACUUAUUAAGAAUUAGCAUUAAUUUAAUAAAAAAAUGCCAACAAAAAUGUAUCUUUAUCUUGAAGCUAUAAUUUCUAUUUUUUUUUGUUUUAUAAAAUAAUUUCUAACUUUAGCACAGUCACUAUAUACAUAAAAGUAAAAAUAAAUUUCUGGUAACUGUGAAAAAAGCUCUACAUCUUUGUAUUUAUAUAAAGAAUGAGAUCAGCAUCGUGAGAGCCACAAAAUUCCUUCUGAUAUUUGGAAAAACGCAAAAUAUUUGUGGUAUUAUAUAGUAAGUGCAAGAUACUUGUAGUAUUCUGACAAACGUAAAAUAGAGGAUAGGGCAUAUUGUAUCUGGGAGCAAAUUCCAUUUUUCAUGUAGCUAAUGAAAGCAAUGGCAUUCUAUGAAUUUCUUGAAAUCAGUUUUCUGCACUAAUUAGAUAUAAAGGUAUAUUGUAUAUUUUUGCUCUUAGAUAUCUACUUGUGCCUAUGUGUACAUCAAACUCCUCCACUUGAUAUCUACUCAACAUGAACACGAACGAAUUGAGAAAGCGCGUGUUAAGCACACGGAGUGUAGAAUUUUGGUCUAAGAAAAUAAUGCGAAACUGGAUUUAUAAAUUAAGUUAUUAUUUCAUGUGGCGCUAACCGCCAAUAUUCGUCGCAUGCUUUGAGAACUUUACGAAGUUCACGUUAUGGUUAACGUACAUAAAUCGUAAAUAGGCAAUACUUGAACAAAUAAAGACCUAUUGUCAUAUUUUUUACAGUUAAGACUCUUUCACGUGCAUGAAGAUUCUUGUUUCGAUCGUAGUAGAAUCUUUGAGUGCUUUCCAGCAACAGAAUACAGUCAUAUACUGUGUGACAUAGUGUGUUACACAGUGUCGAUUUGUAGCUGAAGUACUGGUUAUUUUUUAAUUUUACUUUUUUAUCUUAAUAUUAAUUUUACUGAAAAAAAUGUUAUGUUACUCUCCAUAGAUUCAGGUAGAACACAGAAGUUAUAAUAUCAUAAGGAUAUCUGUCACUCGAUGUUCUAAUAAUGAUUUCAUAAGAGUAUCUUACAUAUAGGUACUUAUAAGUGAUACAAUCAUAAUGAUGUCCUUAUGAUAUUAUAAUUCUGUAUUUCAAUGUGGGAAAUGAUACAAAAUGAGGAUAGAGUUAACAGUAUUUUAAAUGUGUGUUGUAAUUGGAAGAUUGUACAUUGUAUUACAUUUGAAAUGAUCUGAAUUUGAAAAUUUGCACAUCGCAAUGUCGCCUGUAUACAUUGCUGGAAAGUACGCUUUGUGUUUUCAUUGUAGAGAUCCAUGUAAAAGAUUUAAAAAUUCUCUACGAGACAAACAUUGUAGAAGAUAGAAAUGUGAAUCGACUUAGUGACAUCUUUGUGACAAUUGACCAUUUUAUAUAUAUAUAUAUAUAUAUAUAUAUAUAUAUAUAUAUAUAUAUAUAUAUAUAUAAAUAUAUUCUGUCAACACUCAUGUGUAAUUGCAGUCGUUAGUAGACAGUAAUUUCAUCGAAGAAAUUGUUUAUAGUUAAAUGCAAAAGCAAUCACAAUACUCUUAUGUAAACACCAUUUGCAAGAUGAUCAGUAGCAUAUAGAUAUGCACUAGAUGUGCAGUAUCUAGUAUCAUUCAGAAAGAACUGACGUGCCUUUCCAAUUCAGGGGUUGACAACCUCCGCAACAUGUAUGUGUGUAUGUACAUUCGAUUCCGUCUCAAGAAAGGUUUGCGCCCCAUGUACUGUCUUUAGCUGGAAACUCUGUCAUACACUUAUGUAUAAUAAUAUCUUGUUUCAUAAUACAUGUCGCUCGAAUCAAUCUUAA